GUUGGCAGCCACAGAGCGGCGCAUGAAACGAACUCGUGUUGUCUACGAAGAGUCCAGAGCUUGUUGUCACUAAAAUAUUUUUUCACCACCACGGCCUCUGUCUUCUUUCUUCUUUUCCUUCGACAAAAGUGGAUAGAAACAACCAACUAUUGAAUUCCCAACCGAGUUGCUUCAUCAAGGAAGUUGGGUUGCAUUUGAAAAGCAGCAACCAGGUGUCAGACUUUUUCUUGUUCCACGUUUGAGUUUGGCAAUUGAUGGCUUUGGAUAUUGGAAGCAUUCCUUUCUUCACAAGCCUCUCAAUUCCCUUGCAGAAGCUCCAAACUUGAUUGCGCAUUUCCGCUUUUCUGAUCCUUUUUUGGGUGUUCUGGUGUCUGGAAAUGAUUGUGGUAUUGGACUCUGUUUCUGGUUUCUGGGGAAAGUGGUGUGCGGGUGGAUAAUGGCAGCGGGAAUGCACUUAGGUGGUCCUUCGCAUGGUGUAGCAUGAAGGACUGUUGGUGGUGGGUUUUCAUUGCUGGAGGUUGGUGUUCUUCGUCUGGCUAUGGAAGGUGAAAGUCCGGCAUCAAAGCGGGUUUUGUACGUUGUUCUGGUGGUGAUUCUUCUUCUCUUCCUCCUGUUGUCCAUGGUUUCUGUUCCGGUUUUUCAUGGAUUCAAAGUGCUGGUUUCUUCAAAGGCAUAUCUAUCAAAGUCAGCAUUUGAAAUCCCAGUCACGCAGGAUGCUGUGAGACCAAGCUUGUGUUCUCUUGGUGCUGACUCUGGAUUUCCUUCUUUGGGAACUACACUUCCACCAGCAUAUGACCUUCUACAGCAUAUGCAUCAGCAAAAUGACUGUUUGACAUCUGCUUCACAAGCAUCUUCUUCCCUCCCACCAACUAUUGAUGAUAGAGGAACCAGUGUACGAUCUCCUGAGCAAGCACGACAUACGAAAGCGCUAACUCCUGUCAUUCAACCUGCAGCUUCUCCGACGGAGUCAAUGAAAGGAGUCAUGCAACAGCCCUCUCUUUCUCCAGAUGAUUCGUCCCAUUAUCUUGGCACUGAACCUCCACUUCUUUCUCCAAUAAGUCCAGUGGUGUUUCAUACCGAACCAGGUUUAGUACAUAAAAGAAAAAAGUUACAUCCGGAAGCACAACUACGUGCACCUGCUUCUAAAGUUUCACGAAAAAACUGGGCACUGCAGCCACUCCUGCAAUGCUCAGGUCCAACCCCACCGCCUUUUGCACAUCCACACAUGAUGACAACAUCUCUACCUAUUAAAGAAAUUGCACCAGUUGAGCAUACUCAACAUGGAAAUGCUAUUUCUCCAAGUACGUAUGUUCCAAUGCCCCAUGCAGAAAAUUGGGUGGUCAAUAGAAGAGAUCAUGAAACAGCACCAAGCAGUCAACCAUCUGGUCCAAGCAGUGGCAUAAGUGAGAAAAUUCCACCGACUAUAGCACCUACACUUGGGAAAACUGCAAGUCCUCUGGGCACUGUAUCUCGACCACCAACGAUAUCUUCUGGACCCCAUGGAAGAACUCAAAUAAAUGGGCCUGUGCCUGCACCUGCUAGUUUGUUACCUUCUCUUAUAGCUUCAGCUCCAGAUCAAGUCAUCAGGAAUGCACAUGUAUCAAUUGCACCGUCAAAUUCUGAGCAUCACGUGAAGAGGAUAGUCAAUCAUCUUUCACCUGCAUCUUCAUAUUCAAUUUCACAAUCACACAAUAGAGCUUCUGUGGGGAAUAUUAACUUUCCAUCAAGCAUGUCUCCCUCAAUGCCCGAUGUCAAAAAUUGGACGCCUGAUAGAGAAAGUCAUGAACCAACACCAAGGAGUCACACAGCUGCCCCAAGCAGCGGCAUGGGUGAGAAAAUGCCACCACCUACAGGUGCAUCUCCUCCUGCAGAAGUAGCAGCACCUAGAUCUGAAAAGGCUGCAAGUCCUCUGCAUGCUGUAUCUCAAACGCCAAGGCUGUCUUCCGAACCCCAUGCAAGAAUGCAAAUAAGUGAGCCUAUAGCUGCACCUUCUAGUUUGUUACCUUCUCCAUUUUCUGUUACAGCUUCAGCUCCAGAGGAAGGCAUCAAGAAGCGACAUGUAUCAAUUGCACCAGCAGGUUCAAAGCAUGUGAAAAGGAUAUUUAGUCAUCUUUCACCUGCAUACUCGUACACAACUUCUGCAUCACAUGAAGAAGGCCUGGGUAUGUCACCAUCUCCUUCUCAAAGGGCCUCCAGUCUGGGUAGUACAUUCCUGCUUCCACCAGCAUCCCCUCCAACUUGGAGAUGGCACGUGCAAGAUGUUGCUCCAUUCUCCUAUGGUGGUCCUGCAUUUCCUGAUGUAAUUUCCCCCCCUCCAUCAUCUUCAGCAAGAGCCAAAAAAACAGUAUUUCCAUUGCUACCACCACCACCCCCAAACAAAGAUUGUGAGUCAUUUACAUGUUCAGAGCCUUACACAAAUACUCCGUCAGGAUCGCCAUGUGGUUGUGUAUUGCCUAUUCAAGUUGGACUACGUCUCAGUGUUGCACUGUAUACAUUUUUCCCUUUAGUAUCAGAGCUAGCAUCAGAAAUAGCAACUGGUGUCUUCAUGAAAGCAAGCCAGGUCCGUGUUAUGGGUGCAAUUGCAGACAACUACCAACAGGAGAAAACUGUUGUACGUAUUGAUUUGGUGCCACCUAAACAAGCAUUUGAUGCUAAUACAGCAUUCUCUGUCUAUGAGAAAUUCUGGCACAAGGAGACUGCCAUAAAAAGUAAACUAUUUGGAGACUAUGAAGUAUUAUACGUCCGAUAUCCAGGGCUUCCUCCGCCUCCACCUUCAGCUGCAGCAGAUACUACACUCAAUGGUGAGCCAUCUAUACCAGAAAAUUAUUCAGGAAUCUUUAAGCCCCUUGGUGUCAAUGUGAGACAACAAAGAAACAAGUGGAGAGGCAGCUUCAUUGCUAUUGUUGCUCUUUCUUCAGCUAUAGCAUUGGUUUUGUGCCUCGGUGCAACUUGGUUUUUCAAUUUUAAGUGCAGAGAAUCUAGAGGCCACUAUCAAAACUCCAGCUCAUCACCAUGGUCAUUGGCUUCAAGUGUCACAAAGCCAUCAGCAGGAGUAGGAUCUCCAUUAUCAGGCAGUGGGCUGAAUUCUUCAUUCAGUUCCAGCAUUGCAGCAUAUACUGGAUCUGCUAAAACAUUCACCUUAAAUGAGAUGGGAAAAGCUACAAAUAAUUUCAAUCCUGCAAGAAUACUUGGGGAGGGUGGUUUUGGUCGAGUUUACAGUGGUGCUCUUGAAGAUGGAACCAAGGUGGCAGUGAAAGUCCUCAAGCGGGAAGAUCGACAAGGUGGGAAGGAGUUUCUAGCUGAAGUGGAGAUGCUUAAUCGUCUGCAUCACCGAAAUUUGGUGAAGUUAAUUGGUAUAUGCGUAGAGGAGCGCAACCGCUGCUUGGUAUAUGAACUUGUUCCUAAUGGUAGCGUGGAAUCCCAUUUGCAUGGAGUGGACAAACAGUUGGCGCCACUUGAUUGGAGUGCACGAAUGAAGAUUGCACUUGGUUCUGCGCGAGGUCUUGCAUAUCUACAUGAAGAUUCAAGCCCUCGCGUUAUCCAUAGGGAUUUCAAGUCAAGCAAUAUUUUACUUGAAGAUGAUUUUACACCAAAAGUCUCUGAUUUUGGCUUGGCUCGUGCAGCUCUAACAGAUGGGAAUGAGCACAUCUCCACACGUGUUAUGGGAACUUUUGGUUAUGUUGCUCCAGAAUAUGCUAUGACUGGUCAUCUUCUUGUCAAAAGUGAUGUUUACAGCUACGGCGUUGUUCUUCUUGAGCUACUAACUGGAAGAAAACCAGUGGAUAUGUCACAGCCCCAAGGCCGAGAAAACUUGGUUAGUUGGGCUCAUCCACUUCUUACAAGUAGAGAAGGUCUGGAGAUGAUUGUUGACCCAGCCUUCUCUGGUAGUUACCCAUUUGACAGUGUUGCCAAAGUUGCUGCAAUAGCUUCCAUGUGCGUGCAGCCUGAAGUUUCAAAUCGACCAUUUAUGGGUGAGGUGGUACAGGCUCUAAAGCUUCUCUGCAGUGAGGCUGAUGAAAUGUACAGUGGAUCAGAAAACUACAGCCAAGAGUCUCUUCAGGACUUUGAGAUCAUAACCAGUUCCUCAGGCUCGGCGUAUUUGAAUCACUCUUCCUCGUUUGCCGUAGUUGAUUGCAGACACAUUCUAGAGUCUAGUAGGGUUCUAUCAGCAUCAGAUAUAUUAAGUAGUUCAACGAGGCCUGCGGAACCCGUAUCAGAUUCCUUUAGGAGGUAUCCUGUCUCUGGUCCACUAAGACCAAACAAAAGGCAGCAAUUCUGGCAGAGAUUUAGAAGAUUAUCAGGCAGAAUAGCGAGCGAACAUGCAGUUGUGCUAAAUAAGAGCAAACUUUCACUGGAACAUCCGUGACGUCUGUCCAUAACACACCAGAGCGUAAGUUGCAGCAGCUCAUGCUUGUCUGAACCAACAUAUGGACUUCAAUACACUAGUGGCGUUUACUCACGAUGUAAAUUUCACUUCAGGGAGUUGAAUUUACUAGGUUUAUUAUCUGAUUUUGGAGCGGUACCAAAGCCUACAUUCUCUUAUACUCAAGUUGAAAGUAGCCUGCAUGAUCUGCAUCUGCUCUAAAGCUCCUAUGAUACCAUUGCUCUGAUUCAGUGAAGUGAUUCACGAGCCAAAAAUUAAGAGUAAGCUUGAAGAAGAUAAACUCACAAACGCAAAUGAAAACAGACACAGUGAGAUAUCAUGCUUUAGUACGCAGUCAUGUUUCAGCACGUUUGUACGGCCUGUUUAGUUUUCAAAGGCAGAUGACUUGGAGCUUUUGAGGAUCUCACUUUUAGAGUUCAGUGAAGCGCUUAAUAUUAGUCUUUUAGCAACCAGUUGAAUUAAGCGCUUAAUAUCAAUCUGUAGCAAGAUUUUUUAUAUUUGUAUUUGUGAAAUAUAUAGAGAAUUCUGAAAAAACAAACCAUUG